AUGGGGAAGAAGCUGGUGACGGCCCAGAGGCGGGGCGAGACCCGCGCCCUGUGCCUGGGCGUGGCCAUGGUUGUGUGCGCCGUCAUCGCCUACUACAUCCUGGGCACGACCCUGCUGCCCCUCUACCAGAAAAGUGUGUGGACCCAGGAAUCCACGUGCCACCUGAUUGAGACCAGGAUCUGGGACCAGGAGGAGCUGGAAGGCAAAAAGGUGGCCCAGUACCCGUGCCUGUGGGUCAACGUGUCCACUGUGGGCCGCUGGGCCGUGCUGUACCACACAGAGGACACUUGGGACCAGAACCAGCAGUGCUCCUACAUCCCGGGCAGCCUGGACAACUACCAGACGGCCCGGGCCGACGUGGAGAAAGUCAGAGACAAGUUCCACGAGCACCGGGUGUUCUACUGCUUCUCGGCCCUGCGGGAGAACGAGACCCGAGUCCUGUACCGGCGCCUCUAUGGGCCGCAGACCCUGCUCUUCUCUCUCUUCUGGCCCACCUUCCUGCUGACAGGCGGCCUCCUCAUCAUCGCCAUGGUGAAGCUCAACCAGUCCCUCUCCAUCCUGGCGGCUCAGAAGUAGACUCGUCCGCCCCCCAACACUGCCCAGGUUGCAGGGCACUGGGGGGCCCUGGGCUGUGCCCCACUUGUGUAUCCAUUUCUUCCCUCUGCCUUCCCACUACCCCCACCCCCAACCCCAGUCCAUCCUGUCUUCCACUGCAUGGGUGGCCUUUGGCAAGUCACUUUCUGCUCAAGAAUGGACAGUGGCUCCCUAGUGCCUUGGAGAGAGCAGGCCAGCCGCUUGCAGCUCUCUACGACCUGUCCCCAAGCCACUGACUCCAACCCAGUGCCCCUCGGUCGACGAUAACUCCGACCUCUGAGCUCUGUUUUCAUGGCUGGCUCAAAGACCGGCCUGUCCUGUCCAGGGACCUGUCCUUGGCAAGCCUCCUGUGAAUUUCAUAAUGAAAACAGCAGCUGCCAUGUAUAGAGCACAUUUAGAAUAUCUCUUGUUUUUAGGACACUAAGUGCCAUAUCCAUUUUUAUUCCAGUACUAACAAAUAUAUAAAAA